UAUUUUUUCAUAAACUUUUUAUACUAUAUACUGUAUAAAAUAUAAAAGUUCGAUAUAAAGAUUAAACAUUAUUACAUUCAAGUGUUUAAAAUAACGGCCCACUACAUUCUAUCGUUUUUUUCCGCUUCUAUGUAUAGCCAUUAUCUAAAUAGGGCCAUAUGAUGAGACUUUGCUGCAACUUGCAUUGAAUGUUGUUUUUAAAUGUUCAUUAUAGAUUCGGAUAAAAAAGAAACUCAUUAUUUUCUUUACAAUUUUGAGUAACUGACUUCAGUAAAAUAACGAAGCUUAAAAAAAUUCAAAUUGUUUGGUCCAAUUUUAAAAAAGUUAUUCAGAUUUAAUGGAUGUCAAAAUAUUUGUAUUAUCCAUGGGCUUAUACAGUUGUAAGAACAGAGAUAAUAUUUUGCAUCAAGUAAAAACAGAAUAUUAAAAAAGUGCAGAUGAGACUUAAAUAGUAAAAUGAUAUGAAUAUGGGCAUCUAACGAGGUAAUAAUAAACGAUAAAACUGAAUUAAUUUGAUAUAUUUAGUAAUGCUCUACUUAAAUUCUAAAGAUAAACAAUUGACAAGCGUAAAGCUUAGGAUGGUCUGAACUCUCCCUCCAACCCUCUAUGUGUAAAAUCAAUAUUUCUAACAGAAGGGUGAGAGAAAGAGACAAGGAUAGCCGCGAAUAGGGGAAGGGGCGCGAGUACAACUACUCUAUAAGCAAAGCCUGUUGCUGCUGUCACAUUUCAAACUUCGUUGUUGCGAUAACUUGCUCCUUUCAAUUGGAAAACUUUUAUUCUCCCUAUUAUUACAAUUUAAAAAUAAGAACUGAAGUUAGUGAUGUGCUGUGAAUAUCAAUCCGGAGAUUAUGGAUCUGGUGACUAACUGGACUGAUGUAGGUACGAACGUUACCUUGCCUACACUAAUACUUGGACAAAAAUGUGCUUACAAUUCAACGGAAUCUUCAUCAUUGAUUACAACUCCAAAAUUGGUGUCAAUAAAUCAAGAGUUGAAAUGGAUUUUUCUUUUACAUACAUAUGGUUUUGCCUGUUUGUUCUUUGUACUUGCAUUUUAUACAUUUCUAUCUAUUCUACAUUUAAGGUCUCUUAUAUCUAGCCAGCCUUUUAUGUCUACGAUUAAUAUGUUUUUGUGUAUACUCGGAGCAUCAAGAGCAAUUUGCCUCUUUAUAGAUCCAUACAAUCUUAAAGAUAUCAUGCCCAAAAUUAUUGGAUCUGUGAUAUGGGAUAUUGGAUUUCCCUGUGUCAUGUCUGCUUUUAGUCUUAUACAAUUGGCUUGUUUGCAAUUAACUCAGCUUAAAUUUGGACCAGAAAAAAUACAGAAAGAGUCUUGCCUCAGUUUAGUUAUAACGGCACACUUCUUUUCUGUGAUUGCUAGCGACAUUGUUCUUGCUUCUCAUAACUGUUACAUGGUAAAAUACGUGGUCCAAACAGUGUUCCUUAUUUGGAGUAUUCUUUUAUAUUUGAUAUUUCUACACGCAGGAUACAAAAUAUUUCAUUUACUACGAACUGUACCAAGUAGUAUGUUGAUGAGAGACAAUUCAAAUAUGCACCACAAAGGCAUUAUGCAAUUAGCUAUGUUAGCACCCUAUAAUAACUUAGCAUCAUCCGUGGCUGCUGCCUUAGUACCUACUUUGCUCAAUUCUAAAGUUAAAGACAUAGAAGAAGCUGACCCCGCAACUUUUACAACCGAUUCAAACAAAACUACAUCAGAGGGACUUGCUAAAACAGCUAGAAAAGAACAAAUUGAAAGGGACACUAACAAAUCUCCUUGUAAAGGCACAUUACAGGACGAGAAAGUAGUACCUACGUCAACAGUACCAGAAGUAUAUGUUAGACCUCCGACGCCAACACCGUUGACUAUUAAUGAACCUAUAAUAACUGUAACAAGUCCAAGUCGUAGAAGCUCCGUAGCCAGUAGACGGAGCAGCGAUGCGUCUAAAUCUUCUCGAAGGAAUUCAGAAUGUAGUGUUAGAUUUAUAAACGAAGAAGAUGGCUUUUCAUCGGGAUAUCGGCGCAACUCUGAUUUUAGUCCAAAACAUUCACCCGAAAUUAAUAGAAGACGAUCUCCAGAUAGAAUGUCUAGAAGAUAUUCCGAAAACGUUACACCAUUGGGAAGCGUUAAAGAUUUAAGACGAUGUUCUGAUUUUUCGCACGAAAAAAAUCGAAGUUCUCAAUUUGCUGCUAAAUUGAAAAGAAACAGCGAUUUUGGAAACAGGACACCGAGACGAAUGUUACCUCCGACUGAGCAUUCAAAAUUACCAAAAGUUAUGGAUUUGAGUCCUUCAGGAUCAAGACGCAAUUCCGAUAUUAGCGGUUUUACUCCCAGAAUUGAAUUACGCCGAAGUUCAGAUAUUUCUUUCCGAGAUAAUUCGAAACUUGGCCAAAUCAAGUCACUGGAUUUAAAUCGUCGAAGUAGCGAUAUAAGUAUCAGAACUUUAAGUAGGAGUCCCACUCAUGGGCGUAGCAUAGUUCCUGAAAAAAUGGAGAUACAAGAAAAAUCUGAAUCUGAUUCGGACCAACCUGAUUGUAGUGAGAAAGCAGCUCUAAUGACGGAAAAGAAUAAAGAUAAAGAUAAUGAUGAUGGGAAAACUCAGAAGAAAAAUUUGUCAUGGAAAAACGAAAAAGAGAAAGAGAAUGUCGAAGAUAUAACAGUCGAGGCUAAUUUAUUGCCGCAGAACGCAACGUCCGAAAGAAAAAUUUCGACAGGUGAUUUCACGCUCCACUCAAUACUGAAUCACAUUGCAUACGUAAAUAGAACAAAAUCUGAUACACCUCUGCAUAUAUUAGAAGCAAACACCGCAGCUAUUAGAAGAUGGCAGAUCCGAAAAGUAUUGAAUGUUACAUAUGCAACUGCAAUUUUAGGAAUUCUUUUAUGUAUUACAGAGAUUUUUAGACCACAAGGGUUUAGAACUGAAACUGUAAAAUGUACUAUGGCUAUUAUUCUAUUCUCUCCUAAAACAUGGCCCUGGUUUAUGCAUCAAACUAUUUGUAGAGGUUUAGAAUUGAUAAUGGGAUGGGCAAUGGCAAGUAUUACUAAACAACCAUCGGUUCGUCCACGACAUCAGUAUCUGAGUGGUUAUCCUAAUUGUAAUAUACAUGUGAAACGAGGUAAUAAUCCUUACAUAUAAAGCAAUAUAUUUUUAAAUCUAUAUAGAUCCAAAGAAUUGAUAUGCCAAAACAAAUAUUUUUGAAACUUUAUACUUUGUUGGUGCAUUUAUGUUUUAAAAUACAUAAAAGUAUAUUUACAAUACUUUUUCAUGAAUAUUUUUUUUAUAUCAGUAUUAAUAUUUAAAGAAUCAAAUUUGGUGAUAGUGUUUCUAAGAAAAGAGAAGAAAAUUAAAAGUAUGAUUCGCUUUCUCUGUUGCCAUUAACAAUUCGGAAUGAUUUUUAAUUUGUUGCAUUA